GGCAUCUCUAGUUUGGGUGUGAGUUACAGGGCUCAUCUCCCUUUCUAGUCCCGACUCACAGGGCGGUCUUUACUUAGGCCAGUGAGAGGGGAGGUCCCGAAGCCAAGUCACCCCUCCUUGUGCAGGAGGCAUUAGAAAAAUAAGACCUACCUGUCCAUCUAGGGCAUCCGUCUCUCGUGAGAGCCUGGACCAUGGGCAACGUCAUGGAGGGCAAGACGGUGGAAGAGCUGAGCAGCACCGAGUGCCAUCAGUGGUACAAGAAAUUCAUGACGGAGUGCCCGUCUGGCCAGCUCACCCUCUAUGAAUUCCGCCAGUUCUUUGGUCUCAAGAACCUGAGCCCCUCAGCCAGCCAGUAUGUGGAACAGAUGUUUGAGACCUUUGACUUCAACAAGGAUGGCUACAUUGACUUCAUGGAGUACGUGGCCGCCCUCAGCCUGGUCCUCAAGGGCAAAGUGGAACAGAAGUUGCGCUGGUAUUUCAAGCUCUACGACGUCGACGGCAACGGGUGCAUAGACAGGGAUGAGCUGCUCACCAUCAUCCGGGCCAUCCGAACCAUUAAUCCCUGGAGUGACUCAUCCAUGAGCGCCGAGGAAUUCACAGAUACCGUGUUUGCCAAGAUCGACAUCAACGGGGAUGGGGAACUGUCUCUGGAGGAGUUUAUGGAAGGGGUGCAGAAGGACCAGAUGCUCCUGGACACGCUGACCCGAAGCCUGGACUUGACCCGUAUCGUGCGCAGACUCCAGAAUGGUGAACACGAGGAGGCAGGCGCUGGCGACCUGGCAGCAGGGGAGGCUGUGGGUUGAGCCUCACCCUGUGGCUUCUGCAUGCUGAGGGCUGGCCCCGUGCGGUGCCUGGAGUGGUUGUUCUGUUCUUGUCUUAACAUUACAUAGAACCUCCUGAAC